AUGGUAACUGUAACGGUGACGAUAAUUGUGACGGUAAUGAUGACGGUAAUGGUGACUGUAAUGGUUACUGUAACGGUAACGGUAACGAUUAUUGUAAUGGUAACAGUAACUGUUAUUGUAACAGUAACGAUUAUGGUUACUGUAACAAUAAUGGUAACAGUUACGGUGAUGGUACUUGUAACGGUGAUGGUAACGGUGACGGAAAUGGUGAUGGAAACGGUGAUGGUAAUGGUGACUAUAACGGUGACGGUAACGGUCACGCUCAUGCUCAAGGUAACGGUCACGGUAGCGGUGACAGUGACGGUGACGAUAAUGGUGAUGCUAACAGUUACGGUAAUGGUUUCAGUGACGGUAAUGGUAAUGGUAAUGGUGACGGUGACAGUAACGGUAGUGGUAAAGGUAAGGGUAACGGUCACGGAUAUGGUAACAGUGACGAUAACUAUGACGGUAACGGUAUUGGUAACAGUAACAGUUAUGAAAUCUAUUACGGUGAUGGUAACGGUAACAGUAACGGUAAUGGUAACAGUGAAAGUUGUAGUAACAAUAACGGUAAUGGUAAUGGUAACUAUAUGA